AUGUCCAACAACGAACAUUGCUUAAUCUGUCGUUCAGCAUCUGAAACCGACCUCGUAAAAGCCUCGUCCGGCUGCGACCAUGCUGAUUCAUGUAAAUCGUGUUUGGAAAAACACAUCGAAUCUCAGUGCAAUACCAAAGUUGCGCUGCAAGUCACCUGUCCCAAACCUUCGUGCAGAAAGGAAUUGGGAUAUCAUGAUAUUAGAAAACUAGCGCAAAAACAGCUAUUUGAAAGAUAUGAUAACUUGUUACUGAGACACGCAAUUAGAAAAUUGCCCGAUUUUCGAUGGUGCAAGGUUGCAAAUUGUGGGUGGGGACAGGAGCAUACGACCGGAGACGAUGAACCAGUAAUGACAUGUCACGCGUGUAAUGCCAAGUCAUGCUUCACGCACGACGUCCCAUGGCAUACGAAUAUGACGUGCGACGAAUUCGACGAGUCGCUAAAGAAAGGGGAUAAUGCCACUAGAGUUUAUUAUGAGCAACAUACGAAAUCAUGUCCAGAGUGUAAAGAGGCUAUCGAGAAAAACGAUGGUUGUGAUCAUAUGACUUGUCGAUGUGGUCAUGAAUUCUGUUGGUUAUGUCUGUCUCCUUUCCGGAAGAUCAGCCGCUAUGGCAAUCAUCACCAUGAGAGGACGUGUCAGUACUACGCUGAUUAUACUCCUGAAUCUGAUGAAGCCGAUUUUGAACUUAUGGAAGAAGAAGACGUGUAG